CUCAUCUCUCUUCAAAUGGCUGGAUAAAUUCAUACCAGGGAUGAACGUGACUUGACGACAAGUGAUCUCACCUACCAUGCCUCUGUGGCCUCCUUAGCCUUCCCAGCGGGGUCCUUCAGCACAGAGAGGUACUUUGACUAUUUUGAAGACAACACCACCUUGUCAUAUAUUCUAUUGAUUUGGUAAAUGGCGUCGCGAAGGGAAGAUGAACGAACAAGGGCUUUAAGAUGAACGAACAAGGGCUUUGAGAUGAUGACGCGUGGCAUAAACGCAGCAGCAAGAAUACGAGGACAACUACUCCUCCCACUUCAGCUUCCUCUCAUCAACCAAACAUAAACAUGUCGUUUCUAAACAGCUGGUUUGGCCCUCUCUACGAUGCUAUCUUCUGUCCAUCAUUACCACCCACUUUUCGCUGGCGUCUCCUGGCUUUCCAGCCGAUCGUACUACUCUCCAACACAAUCCAAUAUCUCCCCAGUGUCUUCACCAAAGGCCGCCGCACUGUCAUCUGGAUCCCUCUCAAGCGAGCGCCAGGCCACUCAGUCCGCGCUAUCGUCUAUCACCCAUGCACACAAAACCCGUCCGGAUCCAGAGCUCUCCAUCUCAACAUCCACGGCGGCGGGUUCCUAGGCGGACUCCCAGAAGGCCAGGCGUCAUUCUGUCAGAAAGUCGCCCACGAAACCGGAGCGAUUGUCGUAUCUACUUCCCACCGAUAUGCGCCGCGCUACACCUUCCCCACCGCACAUGAAGAUGUCCAGGAUGUCGCGGAGUGGUUGAUCGAGAACGCCAAGCGGCUCUGGGGCGCAAAUCCGAAAUCGAUGAGCGUGAGCGGGUUCUCCUCAGGCGGGAAUCUCGCAUUGGGCGUUGCGCAAGGGCUGGCGCAUACGGAGUUUAGUAUCAAGGCGUCAGUGACGUUCUAUGCACCGAUUGAUCUGCGGCUCCCACCGUGGGAGAAACCUCGGCCCGCUGGAUUCCCAGAGAAAGACCCCCUGGCCUUCUUGCAGCCGCUGAUGGACGCGUACGCAGGACCGGGACGGGAGAAGAACUUGACGAAUCCACUACUUCAUCCUAUCCUGGCGGAUAUUGAGUGUCUGCCUCGGAAUAUGAUGUUCGUGGUUCCCAAAAUGGAUAUUCUGCUGCAUGAGCAGACUGUGUUCGUGGAGAGGUUGAAAGAGGAGGCUGCGGCCAUCAAUCGCGGGUUGGCUGGUCAGCAGGACCCGUCCGAGUCGCGAGUGCAACCUUAUCGCAUUGAGAGCAGGUUCGACGAGGGUCAAAUACAUGGGUGGUUGGAAAUUCCAUCGAUAUUUAUCGACGCGAAGCUCAGGGACCAGAUAUUCGAGGAUGCAGUGCAAUUCUUGAAUGAUAUCUACGCUCUUCAUGGAUAGUGCGUGCUAGGUGCAUUGCCUAUUGUAUUCGCUGUAUAUGUUAUGCAAAUACUCUCUCCUCAGUUACAUCUGUAUAAUAGUGCGACAUCUCCACUCGAUACAUCUACAUACUUAGAUCUACGAUUGUGAGAAACAAAGUUGAAAGG